AUGGGCUUCAGGACGACCGGCAGCGACGGCAACGUCACCUGUCACUCCACAAGGGUCCAGGGCUACCACGAAGAUGCAGAGAUCUGUUUAGAAUGCUACAGACGUUAUGGGAAGGUGUUUGAGCCUCUUCUUCUGCUGCUGCCCUCUAAGCAUGAAACUACAGGUCAGUCCUCCGCCAGGCUUGACACUGAGCAAUGCUGGGAUACUCCAGAACCGGAACCCGCUGUGCAAUUCACCUGGUCGGCCGAGCUCGAGCUCUCGUCACUCUGGAAAGAACGAAUUGUUUCGACCUGUGUGGUCUGCCGGCUCUUUACACAUCUUUUCAGUCCAGCAUCGAAGGAAGCUGGGAUCGAGUUUGUAUGGGGCCGUAAAGCUGGCUUGCUUGAUGCUUCGCCGCCAUGCACGGUCAAAGAGCGGUCCAAGGCCACGCUAUGGUUCUCUUGUCGCAGUACAAAGCCCAACAAGGCGAGACACCAUGGUCGUGCCACACGUAUACUCUAUGAAGACAUACACUGGCUCGAGCGUGGGCAAGAACAGGGUCUUCAACGCCUGAAUGUAGGAGAUGAUUCCGUUGACCAUUGGGUUGACUUCGACUGGCUGUCCAGCCUGCUGAACUCCGUCCUGUCUUUGUCAAACAUUAAGGUCCAACCAAACGGUCCGGAACACAUUUACGGUCUCCACCUGAUCGACUGCGAGAGCAACGAGGUGGUCGAAGCAGUUCCUGGUUGCUCUUAUCUAGCUCUGAGCUACGCAUCUGGCUCUUGGAAUUCCGAGAAGACAGUCGAGAGCGCCAGAGCUGCCUUCCCCAAGUUGCCCUUUGUCCUACCACCAGUGGUGCGCGACGCAAUGAUGGUGACACGAAAGCUUGGACACCAAUACCUUUGGGUGGACAUGUUGUGCAUUGUGAAAGAAGCCCAUAGACAAGGUCAAGUCGCAGCGAUGGACCAGCUCUACCUUGGUGCUGCGGCCACAAUCGUCAGUCUCGAGGAGGAUGCGGGCACCCAUAUGCCAGGCGUAAUCAUGCCUCGGUCGAUGCCCGGCGUCAGGUGUGGCGGAAGUUUUGUUUAUGGGUCCGACUUGUGCGAUGCUGUGCGGCUGGAUGCCCGAGAGAUCGAGACGAGUGCAUGGUCAGAGCGCGGGUGGACAUAUCAAGAGGGCAACCUAUCGCGGGUAUUGGAUUUCUUCGGUCGGCAUAGAGUCACUCUUCUCGAUCCGGACGGAUGGGAUGCUGAGCCAAUUUGUUAUGGAUUGGCAGAACGACACUGGAGUGAGCGCCGUAAAAGUUCGCGGAGAUAUCAGAGUUGCAAGCAAGGAGGAUGGGCCCCGAGCAGACUAGACUGGGUACUCGGGAAGGGCCCGCUUGCCUCUGUCAUCGAGGGAUACUCUUCCCGCCAGCUUAGACAUCAACGAGAAAAGCUGGAUGCCAUCCGGGGCCUGUUGAGAGCUCGUGGUGUCUAUUCAUACUGGGGAACACCAUUGGGUGUCACAUAUUCAGACAGCUUCGGCAUAGCCCAGCGCCGGUCGAACACAGCAUCCUUGGCCUAUUGGCUUAGCUGGCGUCCCAAAAGGCCUGAUAGUGACCCAGUAUCGACGCUUUGGCCGACCUGGUCCUGGCUUGCUGGUGGUUCAAUCAUGUUCGACAACGCGCCGGCAUGCGAAGCGAAGUCGACGAACCUGGGCUACGCGUAUCGCAUAUCUCUCACGAGCGUCCGAUUCGAGGGUCUCAACGGUGUCUUGAGGACAGCUGCUCAGCUCAUAAAGACACAGACGCACCGUGUCAUGCUACCAGAAAUCGAUCGUUUCAUACACGUCAGGGGUCCAGUGUAUCAGAUCCGCCUCAACCCCUGCAGCACUCGAAGGGCUGUGCACCCAGCUGACUACGACUGUCCACCGCUGAUGGGAGAGUCGUACACAGCGCGAAUCUUCCGCGAUAGGCACAGGGAAGAUCCAACGACAGAAUCUUUCACACCGUUCCUCACUUUGAUCGUUGGCUUCUGGCAUACAAUGGAGUACGCUGUGCAUAUAGCAGCUAUUGUUCUGGAGCAAAAUGUGGACGCAUACAGACGAUUCGGUCAUCUAAAGAUCGUCCUGCGGGCGCCUCGAACCAAGACUCUCGUCACGGAGGAGAACGGCAAGACAAGCAUACGCAAGUUUUAUGCGAGUAGGCGUGAGUAUAAGGCUCAGAUGCUGAGAAUUGCACGUCUGAUGGCACUAGAUCAACAGACGGUGCGCAUUGGAUGA